AUUAGCACUGCGUACACAUAUCCGGUAUGAAGUCAACCACAUGUCCAUUCCCACAGCUUCCCCUACAAAUAGACCCGCUCACAAAUGCACAGAAAGAGUGUUUCAUAGUCACCAUACAAUAUGGCGUCUCCAGUUGUCGGUGUUCUGUGCGCGGUUCUGCUGUCCGCCUGUUCGUGUGACACCGCCAGACCGUACCGACAGUUCGAAGCUGUGAACACGGACGGCGUGUGCGUGCAGGACGGAGUGGCGUACCCAGUCGGCGCCUCCGUACCGGACACGGACGACGACCCCUGCACCUUCAGCUGCUACUGCGCCAGCUCGGGGAACAUAAACUGCGCUACGGCGAAGUCCUCUCGGAUGUGCACUCUUCCCCCGCCGCCGUCGUGCGUUGAUUGGGUGUACAUACCCGACCCGACCCAGUGCUGUCCCUCUUCUUCAAAUUACCACUGUCCUAACGGUCCGAACUGCCAGGCUGAUGUCUCAGGCCAGUCCGUGAUCAUCCCUGUCGGGCAGACGGUGGAGGUGAACGGUGAGCAGUUUCACUGUCCGGUCGGGCACGGUGGCGAGUUGGUCACUCCUGAACCCACCACGACCACCUUGACUACCAUUACCCCUCAUUGCCCGCACAAUGGAGUUCACUACGGGGACGGAGGACUCGUACCUGGAUACAGCGACGACCCCUGUGACGUCUGCAACUGCAUCUGGGGAUAUGUAAGUGGUUAAGACACAGGUCUAGAAAGGCACAAUAAGUUAGGAAUUUUUGGCCUUGUCAUCUACGUGUAUCUUUCCGAGCAUGUAAGGUUAUGCUCUGUCGGGAAUAUUGGCAAGAAGUGCGCUGUUCUAAAAGACGUGAAAUUCUAAUUCGGAGUGACCAUCUCUUGAGACGAAAAUAGUCGAAGAACUGUUUUCAGACUUAUACUAGUACUAGCGGGCAAAAAGUUUUUUUUAUUGUUAUCGUUCGUAAGAUGAUGAUCUUAUUG